UCAGACUGACAAAUGCAGCGCAACUGCAACAUCACUGCGGACCACUCUAUGAAUAGCAUCCCCCGUUAUUCCUGUUAUUCCGCAUGUUGCGUGUGAAACCCCGUCUCCCGCCUCCGCGUUGCCCAUCCCGUCUAGUCCUUCCUCCGGAGCUAGCAACCCGGACGAGACCCCGGCGCCGGCCGCCCCGGAGCCCCGGGACAAGCCGCGGGACGACAACAGCUGGGGCUUCCACGUGCACAGCGUGGCCGCCAUCACCACGUCGCCGUCGUCCAUCAUCCAGCUGCACUACGGGCCCUCGUCCAACUUCUCCAUGCUGCACUCCAUCUACCGCCUCAUCACGGGCAUACAGACGCCGCUGACGCGCCGCGAGGAGGUGGCCCAGGUCGGCCCCGGCCUGGACCUGUUCCAGAACCGGCAGCUCUUCUUCGGCGACCUGGCCGACGGCAGCAAGUCGACCAUGGUCUCCAGCGACUACUCGGCCAUGUUCCUCGACAAGGAGCUGUGCGGCCGCGCGCUGGAGCGCUACCUGUCCACCUUCUGGCACCUGCUGCCCAUCCUGACCAAGGAAGACUUCCGCCGCCGCGCCGACAUGCUGUACGCCUCGCCGGGGCUCUUCUCCUUCGACGCGCCCGACGUCGUCGUCGUCCUGCUGGCCAUGGCCAUUGGCGCGUCCAUCCUCGAGGAGGAGGCCAUGGCGCAGUUCCUCUUCCAGCGCGCCUCCCAGGGCGCCGACAAGCUCGACGAGCUCGUCAACAUCCAGGCCAUCCACAUCCCGCUGCUGCAGGCCCAGUUCCAGCUCGAGCGGUCGCGGCCGCACUCUGCGUUUCUCUACGUCGGCGUGGCGUCGAGGAAGGCCGUCGCGGCGGGCCUGCACAGGGGGAUCAGCAUCAGGGGGCAGAUGCGAGACUGCCUGCAGCGCCGGUUGACGUUUUGGAGUCUGUUCAUCAUGGAGACCUGGGUCUGCUUCUGCCUCGGACGCCCGACGUCCAUCUCCGAUCCGGGCGGCGGCGUCCCCGUGCCGCACGAGGAAAAGUUCAUCCUGGCGCUCGUCAGGCUGGCGAGAUUCAUGUCCAAGUGCGCGGCGCGCAUCUACAACCAGCACCACGAAUCGCUGCUGCACAUGUGGAACGCCGCGACGGAGCUCCGCCACGAGCUGCAGGCGUACGCGGAGGAGCAGCUGCUCGACAUCCACAUCGACGUUCAGGGGGAGCCGGGGGCGGGGGAGUGCGGCUUCUGCAAGACCAUCAUCGUCUCAAUGUAUAACCACGUUCAGCUCCUAAUGUUUCGCCCCUUUCUGGUCCUACGCGGCAAGCUGCGCGCUCCCGCGCCGCAGGUCGGCGCCGAGUCGUGCGACAAGCUCCGGGAGCUCACAUGGCUCGAUACGGCAUGCGAGUACUGCCUGGAGCCCGCCCGCCAGAUCAUAAAGUACAUCAACAAGUCGUGCGAGAUCAACGACCUCUGCAAGGUACGCCCCUUCGAACUACGAUCGAGUCGGGGGCUGACGAAGUAUGGAACUUGACCGC